AUGGCCGACUCCAUCUACGCUCCUCACAAUCAGCAGAAGCUCGAGGCAUCACGAGCUGCCGAUGCUGGUGCUUCCGACACCGCCUCGCCUACCAGCCCUUCUUCACAAGACAAGAACGGCUCGAAUGGAUCCCCUCAACAGCCAAUCAAGGAGGACGAGGAAGAGAACGACGUCCAAGACAGCGACCGACCUCAUCCUCAUCUCACACGUCCUUUGCUCCACAUCAGCGGCGUCGACCCCACCAUGACCGACAAGCAUCUCGCGGGUCUCGUCUUUGAAAGCGUCCUCCCCGUCCGUCUCAGGAUCGAUCGCAACGUACCUGAAGGUCAGAGAGCCAACGGCACCGUCGAGUUCCAAACCCUUUACAAGGCCGAGAAAGCAUACGCCAUCGUUCGACCUCCCAUCGUGCUUCGUAUCGAGCAGCAGACUGCGCCCACCGAACCAACAGCCAAUGCCAAACCAAGACUGGUCAAGCAGCUUCCCUCUACUACUGAUGAUGCUCUCGUCUACGACCUCUUCCGUCGCUUUGGUCCACUUCGACGCGCUCAAUGCAUCCUCACCAACCCUGCCGGCAUCCAUUCCGGCUUCAAGGGUAUGGCCUUGCUCGAGUUCUACUCCGAGCAGGAUGCUCAGCGCGCCGAAACCGAGAUGCACUGCGCUGACGUAGGAGGCAAGACCAUCUCGGUUUCCAUCGACACUGCUACUCGCAAAGUCAGUGCUAGUGCAAGCGAGUUCCGCCCCUGUACCACCGCAACUCCCUUUGUCCCCACUACCAACGCCAUGAGCCCAUCUGCUCCCUCCUUCUCUCCCCUAGGCCCCACUCCAGCCUCUCGUUCCGUCUCAGCAGGCUCCUCUGCUUCCUUCUAUGCUACUCCUGGCGCAUCCUCCUCUCCCAACGAUAUCCACUCCCUCAGCCGUCAAGCUUCCCGGGCCACCUUGCAAUACUCCAGCCAAGCAUCUACCUACGUCGACCCUUGCAACCUCUUUAUCAAGAAUCUCGACUCUGAAAUCGAGUCCAACGGUCUCUUUGACACUUUCAAGGCUUUUGGUCACAUCGUCUCGGCACGUGUCAUGCGCGACAAUGACGGCAAGAGCAGAGAGUUUGGCUUUGUCAGCUUCACUACGCCGGAAGAAGCUCGUCAGGCAUUGACAGCGAUGGAUGGUGCUAAGUUGGGGAGCAAGAAGAUCACCGUGAGAUUGCAUGAGCCCAAGACGAUGCGACAGGAGAAGCUCGCUGCUCGUUUCGCUGGUGCUAAUGGUGAGGGUGCAGACGCUGGUCCUGGUGCUGCUGCUAGCGGUGCUUCUCCCUCAAACGGUUCCACCAGCAAAGCAGACAAGCGUCAAAGCAGGAGCUACUUCAAAGCUGGUGUGCCUGCCGAUGCCAACGGUCUCGCCGACGAAGAGCAACUGCGCGCUCUCAGCAAUGUCGUGCGAAACGAGCUGCUCUCCGGCGAGUUCACACGCAGAGUCCAGCAGUUGCCCUCCAUCAAAGCAGCCCAGGUGGACAACAUUGUCAGCGAACUCGUCAAGCUCAAGCUUGACAAAGCCGUAGAUGCACUCAACAACCCUAUCUCUCUCAUUCAGCGAGUCAAUGAUGCUCGUGAUCGUCUCCCUCAAUCGCCAGUCUCAGCAGCGCAACCGGGCUCGUCGUCGACAGGGUCCUUGUCUGCAGAGAAGCCCGCGUUGCUCGGUGUUCAGACCCAACGCAGUGUCUCCAGCACAAGUUCGGUCGGUGAGGGAAGCGCAUCUGCCAAGGAGCGCGUGAGGCUGCUCAAGGCUAUCAUCUCGGUCUCUGAAGCAGGUGCACCUGUAGAAGACAUCACUGACAUGCUCGCCAGCUUGCCCAAGAAAGACCGAGCAUUGGCGCUGUUCAACCCCGAAUUCCUCAAGCAGAAGGUUGAAGAGGCUAAAGACAUUCUCGACAUCACUGAUGAGAGCGGAGAAGAUCUGCAGCCAUCAACACAGAGCAAAUUUCUUAAGGACUCAAGCAGUAGUCAGUCGCCCAGUCCUGCUCCUGCUCCGGAGGAGUCCGAAUCGACAGCCCAAGUCCACACCCUAUCCUCACUUGCAGCUUUGCCUGCGGAGGAGAUCAUCCGUCUCGCCACUUCACCCACCAGCUCUGGUCUGCCGUUGCCAAAGGCAGAUUCCGAAGUCGUCAAAUCUACCGACGCAUUCAUCGACUCUCUUGCAGCCAAAGCAGCGCACGAUCAGAAGCAGAAGUUGGGAGAUCAGCUAUUCAAGAAGGUCCGCAGCUUUGGUGUCAAAGGCGCUCCCAAGCUGACCAUCCAUUUGCUUGAUACAGAGAAUUUGAGAGCGUUGGCGCAUCUGAUGGACUCGUACGAAGUUGUGUUGAAGGAGAAGGUGCAGCAGAAGGUUGCGGCUGGGUUGAACAAGUAA